CGACAACCUCAUCUAUAGGAAAUAGAAUUGUUCUAUACUUCUGUCAUUCUUAAUCAGUAGACAAUAAACAGCCCGGAGUUCCCUCCAAAACCAAACAGCCCCUUCAAUGGCGGGUCGGUCUCAACCCAGAUUCACAACCCGAAAAGCCGCUUCAUCUUCACCAGCUCUUCUGCCUGUGAAUUUCCAGUCCAAUUCACUCAAGCCUUCAACCUCCCACAUCCCAAUUCAAGAAUACCCACAUAACCAACUCAAGAACAACAACCGCAAUUCAAGCAUCUGGCGUAAAGGUGACAGAGAUGCCAAUCUUGACGAAGAAGGCGUUCUCAAUCUUCCCUCCUUAGUUGGAACCUGCCCGUUUAUGUGUCCUGUUGAGGAGAGGGAAAAUCGAGAGAGGCUGCGGGAUUUAGCUGUUUUUGAGAGGCUGGAUGGUGAUCCAAGCAAAUCAUCUCCUAGUCUUGCAGUUAAAAAGUGCAAGGACUAUAAAAAAUUGAUUGUUGGUCUCAUCUAUCUCUAUAUAAAAAGAGGUGGAAAACCAGAUUGCUUUCCCGCUCAAAAGAGUCACAUCAAAUAGAGGGAGAGGUGGGCCAAGCCACACAAUUAUCUGGAGGUUAAAACUAUGCUUUCUAUCCGAUGUUAAUUAUCUCUCGGUUGAUGGGGAUCACUCACGCAAACUGGUCAACCUGGGGAAUAGUGCACUCACGCAAACAUUCAAAGGACUGGCAUUCUAGGGAGCUAGGAGGGCUAGACAAAAUUCCUUUGAAAUCAAUACGGAGUAUUUUCAAAGGCUGCUCUGACAGCACCUAGAGUCGUGGUCUGAGCAGAAAAUUUUCUAUUACUACGUAAGAAAGCUUGCUGGACAGUUUAUGCAUUUCUUCUUGAAAUGCAUUUCUUUUGAGAAGGAAACUGAUGGUAGACCUUUGAAACGGGAGGGGUUUUUGAGGGGGAUGGAGAUGUUUUGUGUGAGGCCUUCUGCAAAAGAUCAGAGUGCAUCGUGCGCGGAAUAGCAUGCGAGAGGCCGGCAGAGGGUAGCACACGAGUGGCCGGAGCAGGGUGGCACACGAGUGAUCGGAGCAGGAAAGCAUGCGAGUGGCCGGAGCAGGAGUCUUGGGUCGUGGGCGCCGUCGUUGACUCGGCCUGCAAUUCAGCUUGGCCGCCUGGGAGAGUAGGCGGGCUGUUUGGCAGAUGCAGGCGGCGCGGGCAACAGGCGACGACCAAUGAGUCGGGUGGCAGACUGGUGGCCUUUGUGUCUCUGGGCUUUAAUUAAGAAGAAGACAUGUUUCUCCGGGUUUUGGACUUACGUUCUGCAGGACUAUAUCUACAAAGUAUGCAAAAAGUUCUGAUUUGCGUCCCCUACCAGUAUUGGAGGAAACUCUAGAGUAUCUAUUCAAAUUGCAAUCUACGAAGCAUCCUUUUGAAGUGCUGCAUGACUUCCUGUUUGAUAGAACAAGAUCCAUAAGGCAGGACCUUAGCAUGCAAAAUUGCAGUGGUGAAAGAGUGAUAUCUAUGUAUGAGAGAAUGGUAAAAUUUCAUAUCAUGUCCCUCCACGAGCUUAGGCAAUGUAGUGGUCCUUCUAUCUCUUCAGCAUUACACCUUAACAUGGAGCAGCUCAAGAAGGCCUUAACAACUCUAUUUGAUCUUUAUGAGGUAAAUAGAACAUCCAAACCCAUGCACAAAAAUGAAGCUGAAUUCCAUGCCUAUUAUGUUCUUCUCCACCUUAGUUCUGAAAGCCAGGGAUCUUUGUGCUUGUGGUUUCGGCAAGUUCCUCCUGAAACUGUAAAGUCAACCGUAAUGUGUUUUGCCAGGAAAAUUUUGAGGUACUACAAUUUGGGAAACUACAGAAGGUUUAUCCAUACAGCAGAGUCUGAAGCAUCAUACUUGCAGUAUUGUAUUAUUGAACCCUACAUAAGUCAGGUAAUCAGGUUAUUCCAAAUUCUGUCCCUCUCUCUCAAACAACAUACAUCCACUCACAAAAUCACACUAUCACAGUGAUGUACUAGUCAAUGUAGAUCACCAUAUUUGUCACAAUGUAUAUAUACAUCACAAAUAUCUGAAUUCAUUGUUGUUGCGUGAUACUUUCGUUACAUGUGAAAACAUACGGUCAAGGUAGUCAAACUCGAGAUCCUACGUAGGAUCGUGAGGGGGUUUGUGAUAGAGACCUUUAACUAUUCAGAGAUUACAGAAGCUAAUAUCAAGAAACAAGAGAAAUCUUUAUUGAAGGAGAUGAUGAACAGUAACAAGUACAAAGGCCGAAGCCCCCAAACUGAGCCGAAGCCCCCCAAAGAAAGAGCAAACACUCAAUCUUCCCAGUCCCAAGACUAAACAGUCCAAAGCCUCCCAAUUACUCCCACUUUACAUCUAUUUAUACUAGAGACCCUUAUUACUAAUAUUAUUAUUAUUACUUCUAAUAUUAUUCUAAUAGGUAGGUCCCUAUCAAUACUCCCCCCUAAACAUCCACCUUGUCCUCAAGGUGGGUAAUAGGAGAAAGCCAAAAUCUUCUGCUUCCUCUUCCUCUUCCUUGUUCCUCUCCCUUCCCAAUAUCUUUCAAAUUUCAGGAUCCUGAACUUCAGGACUUGAAUCUUCUUUCUCACUGCUUCCAGCAACAACAGCAAUAGUUCCUCUUCCUUCCAAUCAUCAAUAUUAGUCCUGUGUCUUUGAUCAUGCUGGUACUGAUCUUCACCCAUCCUCCCUUGCUUAUUCUUCCUUUUGCUAAUAGCAGGAUAUAACUCAAAUCUUUGAGAUUCAGUUGCUUCACUCCUUGAAAUUGCAGCAUCUAUAGUAGCCAACUGAAACCGGUAGUCAGCCAUUCCACCCCCAUCUGGAGCAAUUAAACAGACCCCUGGCAUUCCUCUAAUCUUUGCCAUUUCACUCUCAGUCAAUCCUACUCCCAACCCUUUUUUGAUAAAACAACUCAGAGAUGAAACUCUUGAGAUACAUUGAUCACUGCCCACCAUCACAUAGCAAUAUCCACCAUCAUGGUAUGCAUUCUUACCAUUCCAACCACCUGAGUAAUAAUAAGUAGCCUUUCCUUUUCGAAAAUAGGACCAAGAACUCAAGCCAGAAGACAAAGCAUUUGGAUUCGAUAUCAAAACAUCAUAGGUAACAAUGUCAUUUGGUUCAGUCUUCUUCCAGCCUUUCAAAGCAGGAAUUAAUUCUUUACUAUUCUGCAGCUCCUUGUUUCUAUCUUCUGAGAUUAGUACUGUAUUGGAUGCAAACUCCUUUUUGUACCUAUCAACUUCUUCCUCUUUUAAUUCUUUACCUACCUCCUUUGAAAAGGAAGGUCUACAAGGCUUUAACCUGCAAGUUAACAGAUAUACUCUUCCAGCUGCAAUUCUCUUAACUAAGGAACAAGAAAGGUUAUUUUCCAAGUAAAAUUUCCAUGGUUGAUGUCCUAGCAAGAAUUCAGAUCUAUCACCCAACCAAGACAUGGCCAUUUCCAAAUUAAGUAUUAAUUUCACCUUCCCUUUGGUUUCAAUAUUUUGUUCCAUCAACUUUCCCAAUGUCUUCUCGUUUAAGAAUUCUGCUAUUCUGAUCCCUCCAGAUGAAGCCUCAAAAUUACACCCUCCCCUGACAUCAAUCUUUUUCACUUGGUGUGUCAUGUCUUCUAGUCCAAGAGUAAGACUUACUUCUUCAAUCAAAACAUCCUUUGGAGAUAAGUUCAAAGCUGGUUCCACAUUUUCCAUUCCUUCUGAAUCUUUUUGUGGAUUGAGACAAGUUGAUGCCAGUUUGACAGGAACAAUUCCGGAUUGCGAUAUGGAAACUUCACAUCUGGAUUUCUUCUUAAAUAAACUGGUAGAAGCUAUUGAAGCCUGCGAACUGAAGGUUGAUGUUUGUGAUGACUUUUGCGAACUGAAGGAAGUUCUUCUUGAUCUCGAGGACUCCUGUUUUGCUGUCAUCCCUGUCUUCUGCCGGUGUCUAGGUGGAAAAUCCUUGAUAAGGUCUUCCUUUAGAGCCUCCCAACUAUCUUCCCUCUUUUGAUACUCCCACCACCAUUUAAACCAACCACAUGCGGCUUCCCCCAUAGCCUCUUCUGCCACGUCCAGUUUGAAUUUUUCUUCAAUAGCUUGAACUCGGAAAUAUUUUUCCAUCUUCUCUGUCCAUUCGUAGGCUUCAUUCUCAUAGAAUAGAGGUAAUUCCUCUUUCUUUGAACUAGCUGACUUCCGAGAAUUGACUUUAGACGAAUAUGGCGCACUCUGAUGCGAAGAGCGAUGGUAAGAGUGAUAAUCAGAACUCUGCGAAGAGAGAGAAGAGCGAGAAGAGCGAUGCAAAGAAUCAGUUCGCGAAUAUGUCUGCGAUCGCGGAUGAGGCUUACUGUUCCUCGUUCGGUCGCCAGGUUGUCUGCGAUGCCUCCGCUCUUCUAAUUCCUCUGGACUCCCUGACUUUCGCGUGUGGCCAUGAUUAGAGUCGCGAUGCGACCUACGCGAAGUGUGCGAUCGAUUCUGCAAACAACUUUGAAGUCGGUUCUGCAAAUCUGCGAAGCAAGCUUGCAUCGCCGCUUCCAUCGCGGCUAUAUUUGUCGCCAUAUUAACUUGCAUCUCCUUGGUCUUUCGAUUCAGAUUUUCAAUUCUUUCUUCCAUUUGUGGCGUCACGUAGAAUUCCUCCGCCAUGGUUCAGAUGAUUCAGAUUCUCGGUCUCCAGGAAAUAACCUGGCUCUGAUACCAAUGAUAGAGACCUUUAACUAUUCAGAGAUUACAGAAGCUAAUAUCAAGAAACAAGAGAAAUCUUUAUUGAAGGAGAUGAUGAACAGUAACAAGUACAAAGGCCGAAGCCCCCAAACUGAGCCGAAGCCCCCCAAAGAAAGAGCAAACACUCAAUCUUCCCAGUCCCAAGACUAAACAGUCCAAAGCCUCCCAAUUACUCCCACUUUAC